AUGGACGCCCAUCGGCAAGUGCCGGCGGAGCGCUGGUGCAUCACCAAGCGGGAGUUCUUCAGCUUUGUCAACGAGGUGCGGAAGCUUUGGAGGCGUGGAGCGCUUCCCGACAGCUCCGAGCAUCCGAACCCCAAGCAUCAGCUCACGGACUACGGCCCUAACCUCUACCAGGUCAACGUCCACUACAUCAAGCCGGUAACGUUGGCUGCAGGCGGCAUGAGCUAUGCGCUUAUGAAGCAUCCGGAAGGAUUAAUCUGCCACGUCUUCGUCUCUCACGCCUGGGCAGAAGGGGUCUUCGAGCUGAGCAACCAUGUGCGGCGAGCCUGGCCAAGAGGGCUAGGACUGGUGAACUUGUACUGCUGCCUCCUGGGCAACCCACAGAACUUGGAUAUCGAGGCGCUACUAGACGGACCUCCGAUCGAGAGCCCAUUUGCCAAAGCCCUGCAGAGCGCCUCCCAUGUUUUGGUGAUGCCCAACGACACUGUGUCGAUUUACAAGCGCUUGUGGUGCGUUUACGAGAUUUAUUUGGCGACGGACUGGGGGAAGACAUGUAUCAUCCCGGCGAGGCCACCGAGCUCCGUCCUCCGGACCACGCUGGUAUGGACCAUCAUCUUUCCAAGCACUGUGGGUCACCUUUUGGGAUGCCUCUGGGCCGCUGCCAUGCAGCUCCAAAAGCCGCACUCUCGCGUUCACUCCAGCGUGGUGGAUGGAUUGCUAGGUGGAUGUAUCGCGCUCCUGUUCUGCAUUUCCUGCGUGGACUUCCUUCACAAGUUUCAGGUGAAACGGCUGCUGGUGAAACGGCUGCUGAAAGUAUCGCAGGUCUGUGACGCCCUGUCGUCAUCGGGAGCAACGAUUCGAAUUAUGCGGAUUUUUGUGCAACUGCUGGCGUGUUCCUGCGUUGCCCCUUGGCUGAUCCUUCCCAGCGGCUUCUCGUCUCUGCUUGACCAAGCUUUACAUUAUUCAAUCCCCUUCGGCAUCUGGGCUGCUUCCGCUGUCAUGGCAACGAACGAAAUCGGGGAAAAGCUGGAGCACACGGAGCUUCGCCGUCAGGCCAGCUUUCUCUCCUUCAACGGCUUAGAGGACGCGACGUGCUCGAGCCCCGUGGACGAGUCCCGGAUUCGAGCCGCCAUCGCCGACUUUGAGGAAGAUGUCAUUGCAGGUAUCGAAGUUUUGAAAUCUGCCGGUGCCUUCAACACCUCGAUUCGCCGAGCUCGUACAAGGGGCUUGGACAUCGAGGGGUCGGGCAAUACACAUCUGGACAUCAGGCUCGUUUCUGGGAUUUGCGCAGGAUGGACUGUCUGCACGAUUGAGGAGCUAGCUACGCUACACAUCUGGAGAGACUGCUCCUUCUUAUCUGAUACCUGGAUCCUUGCCUUCGCUUUGACCAUCGUCUUGUCAAUGGGAGGGAUGUUUGUCGCGUGCUGCUGCUGGAACCGCUAUGGUCCGGACAGAGUGAAUCUGAUCAUACCCGGAUGCCUUUGGAUAAGCCUGUUCGCAGACUUCUUUCCUUUUCUCCUUGCUAUGGCACAGGGUCUGGAUGAGCUCCAGCGUUUCCCCUUCUUCUUCCGCUUUGCCCACACUCCGACGCUUUCCAGUUGCCCUUCCUCGGCCACCUGGUUCGCCACAACUCCGCUGAGGCCGAGCUUGGCUCUCUUGGCCUUGGCCUGGGCGUGGCUUUCACCGUUUACCUUAGGUUCCCGGGAGGACCUGGCGACUUCGUAG